AUGUUGCUAGCUGAAGGAAAUCAGAGUGCUGGAACCACAUUCACGCUCUUGGGCUUCUCAGAAUAUCCAGGCCUCCAGGUACCCCUGUUCCUGGUAUUCUUGACCGUCUACAUGGUCACUGUGGUGGGGAACCUGGGCAUGAUCAUGAUCAUCAGGAUCAGUCCUAAACUCCACACCCCCAUGUAUUUUUUUCUCAGCCAAUUGUCCUUUGUUGAUUUUUGUUAUUCCACUACAGUUACACCCAAACUGUUGGAGAACUUAGUUGUGGAAGACAGAACUAUCUCUUUCAUAGGAUGCAUCGCACAAUUCUUCUUGGCUUGUAUAUUUGGGGUGGCAGAAACAUGCAUGUUGGCAGUGAUGGCCUAUGACCGCUUUGUGGCAGUUUGCAACCCUCUGCUCUACACAGUAGUAAUGUUCCAAAAGUUCUGUGCAUCAUUGGUGGCUGGGCCCUACACAUGGGGUAUAGUCUCUUCGCUGACACUCACAUAUUCUCUCCUGGCAUUAUCCUUUUGUGGGUCUAACAUAAUAAAUAAUAUUUUCUGUGACCACUCAGCCAUUGUCUCUAUCUCCUGUUCUGACCCUUACAUCAGCCAAGUGCUUUGUUUUAUCAUCACCAUAUUCAAUGAGGCGAGCAGCCUAGUAAUCUUCCUCACUACUUAUAUAUUCAUUUUUGUUACUGUCAUAAAAAUACCUUCUGCUAGUGGAUGCCAAAAAGGCCUCUCCACUUGUGCCUCCCACCUGACUGCAAUUGCCAUUUUCUAUGGGACUAUCCUGUUCCUUUAUUGUGUACCCAAUUCCAAAAACUCAUGGCUUACAGUCAAAUUAGGUUCUAUGUUUUAUACAGUCGUGACUUCCAUGCUGAAUCCUCUGAUCUAUAGCCUCAGGAACAAAGAUGUGAAGGAGAGUGUCAAGAAAUUAAUGAAUUACUCAAUACAAUUUUGUUGA